AUGGAUAAGUACUAAUUUAUUAAUGUUAUUUCUUAUCAUCAUUUAACUGAUUUCUUCUCAAGUACUAAUGAGAUUCUUACAAAUAUUAAUAUUUACUUUCCCUUAAACAUAUAUAAUUAUUAUUAUUUUAUCCUUUCUACUGUUUUACAUAUUUUUUUUUCUAGUUGGAUUUUUAAAGUUUAAUCCUUACAUUAUAAAACAAAUGAAGCCUUAAUGAAGAGCCUUGAACUUAACGAUUUAUACAAAAAAUACAACUCAAUAAUAGAUGAAUCUCUUGGUUACACCAAGAAUCUGAAGAAGAUUAUUUUGAGAAAUUGCAAUAACAUAAGUUUUCAAGAUAAGCAAAAUUUUACAAUGAACUCUAAGUGA